AUGAAGAAGCCGCAGCGCUGGACGAGUGUCGCUCGAGCUCGAUGUCCGACUCGGUCCACCUCGCGACCCGCAGCGACGACCUCGGAGCUCAUGUGCCGCCUCGUCAACUCGCGCGACAAGGUGUUCGAGAUGCAGCGAGCGUGCAGCGACUCUGAGCGUUCGAAGGCGUCUCGAGCCGCCAUGGACGCCCACCUCGCCAAGCUCCCGUCGACGAGCACCUGCCCGGCCGCGUUCCGCAACUACUCGGCUUUCUGCACGACCAACUCGAUCCCUGUCUUGCCUAUACCGCCGCCCGUACUCGCCCUGUGGCUCUACGACAAGUGCGCGAGCCGCGACGACUGGCCCAGGACGUACCAGCGCCAGGUGGAGCAGUGCGCGGCGGCCGUCAACGACAUCUGGGCGGGCAAUGCCGCCUACGAGACGAUCAGGGAGCUCGACCCGACCAGUCGAGCGGUCUGCGAGUUCAUGAGCGAGCGCAAGGAGCUCUGGAACCAGCGCAACUCUGGCAAGCCGACAAGACGGGCAUCAUCAUCUUCUGCAUCGUCUUCAUCUUCAUCGAGCGAGACCGAGUCGGCCAAGGGCACGAGAAGCCGGCACGAGCGGCCUCGAGGGACGAGGGCAGGUCCGAGCGGGGCGCGCUCCUCGGCCGCCACAAGCAGGUCGCAGUGGUGGAUUAUUCCGACCGAGCGCAAGGUCGAGGCGCAGGCGGUCGAGUCAGAGAGCGCCGACGGUGUCGAGGCCGAGGUCUUCAUCCCGACGAGGAAGCGGCUUCGGCGGAGGAAAGGACCGCUCGCGUUCGACGGCGACUCUGCUCCGAUCUUGUCCAGCCCCGAGCAGACCGAGGCGAAGCGUGCUCGCCUCGACCUCACGACCUCGUCCAUCGACGCGAGCCCAGCUCGACCGGCCUUGCGCCGACACCGCGCCGUCAUCUCGUCGCCCGAGGUGUCUGCUGUCGAGUCGAGCGACGGCGAGAGCGUCGCACGGCCACGCUCGCGUUGGGCACCGUCGCCCUCGCCGGCGCCAAAAGUGCCGAGUCGCUCGACGUCGCCAGAGCUCAGAUGUUCCGCGAGCUCGGCGCCGCUAUCGCUCUUCGUCGACCGUCGUCGCAAUCACCAGCUCGUGCGGCCCAAAGUCGAGCCAGAAGAACUCGCCGACGGCGCCCUCGCAGCUCGCCACGACUCAGCCCUUGACCGGCCAAGUUCAGCAGCACGCGUGUCGACGUCGGCGUUCGUCCAGCCCGUCGGCUCGCUCCCGACGCUCGGACCUCUCGAGCUUCCCACCUCGCCCUCCUUCCUGCCCGCCGAAUCUUCCCAGAGGACGUCGCGCGCCGCACACGCGGCACUCAGUGUCGUCGUCGAAGCAGGGCCACCCAAGCUCGAGGCGUCGUCGCCGGUCCGCGCGGCCGGACCUCCUCGUCAUUCCCCUCCACCGCCUCUCCCAACGCUCCCCUCGCCUGCCGACGACGUCGCCAGCUUCCUCGUCGCCCUCCACCCUUCCCUCGUGUCGCUCACCCCGCACCUCAUCGCCGCCGGCUUCGACUCGGUCGACGCGCUGUCGUCCCUCGUCCUCCUCGAGCCGCCAAUCCUCGCCCUCACGCUCGACCUCAUCCGGGUCGAAGCAGGUCGACGCGCAAAGGAGCAGCGCGCGAGCGGAGCGCACGUCGACCCCGUGUCGAUCAUCCAGCUCAAGCUGUUAGCGAGGCGGCUCGGCGACGAGGGCAAGGCGAUGAGCGCCUCGCCCGUCAACGAACGCAAGCUCAGCUGCGAGAGCGCCAACGAGACGUCGGACGCCGCCGUCACGACCUCGGCGGCCCACGCGAACCGGACCCGCGCUUUCGAGGCGCGCUUCGCCUCGUCGUCGUCCUCUUUCGCGACUUCUGCCGUCCGCCCGGCGCACCCCGGCUCGAGCCAGGAGGGCACCUCCAGCUUUGCCCCUGUCGCCUCGACGAGCGGUGCGAGCCCCUCUCCUCCUCCUCGCGCGCCCGUCACCGCCGCCGCCCUCGUCGGCUCGUACCUCCUCGAGCUCGACCCGAGUGGCUCGCUGCAGUACCUCGUGCAGCACUUUGUCGCUCGAGGCCUCGCGACGUGGCGCACGCUCAGCGAGCUCAAGGACCCGGCGGCGACGAGGCGGUUGUGCGCCGACAUCAUCCCGGCGGCGUCGCACGAGGUCGUCGACGCACUCCUUCGCUUUGUUAAGCUCGUCGGACGGUGA